UGCGCUGUUGUCAAUCGCAACGCUUACUAAUAUGGUACCCUGACUUUUUUUUUUAUGUCGAAGGCCACACGUAUCUUUAAAAAGCAUCCUGGAUCGACUUAAAAUAAGAACAGUUUUACGAGAUUUACGUUAAAGAAAAGGAUGCCAAAAAUUAGUGACACGCUGUGGGAGUUGGCUGCUACGGAGGUACAUAACCGAGUGAGCGGAGCAGGCGAGGGCGAAGGGCAAGGUAACGGUGAUGCUCCGGGUCCAUGUGAAAGGACGGUGUUCUUCAUGGGAAGCAAGACCGGGGGGAAGACGACAGUUAUGCUUAGAUGUCUUGACAGGGAUGAGGUUCCUAAGCCGACUUUAGCAUUGGAGUACACGUUUGGAAGAAGGGCACGUGGACACAAUACGCCCAAAGACAUCGCCCACUUCUGGGAGCUGGGCGGUGGGACCUCGCUGUCAGACCUCAUUCAGAUUCCGAUCACAGCACAGAAUGUGAGAACUCUCUCCGUGGUGCUGGUUCUGGACCUGUCCAAACCCAAUUCGCUGUGGGGGACCCUAGAGCGGCUGCUGCAGGCCGUACAGGCCAAGGUAGAUGGAGUUCUCUCUGAAUUACAGAAGACGGGGGAGCGUAGGUCCGACAGAAACCCCACCCUGAACAGCAGCACCCCUCAGCACCUUCACAAGGACCACCCAGACCGUCAAUUCAUAAGUCCCUUUCCAGUUCCUCUGCUGAUGGUCUGCAGCAAAUAUGAUAUUUUUCAGGACUUUGAGUCUGAGAAGAGGAAAGUGGUCUCCAAGACCCUGCGGUUCCUUGCCCAUUACCAUGGAGCAUCUUUGAUAUUCACCAGCAAUAAAUCGGAGAGUCUCAUGUCAAAGACCAAAGGUCUUGUCGCUCACCUUGCGUUUGGCACAGACAGAGGGAAGACUGUGUCCACUGACCACAGUAAACCCCUGAUCAUUCUGGCCGGAAUUGACUCUCUCAGUCAGAUCGGUUCUCCUCCAACAACAGACAUCGACGUCAGUUCUCUUCAUGCCAGGAACCCUUUGGACCUGUGGAAGAAGGUGUUUGAAAGGGUGUUCCCCCCAGAGAGUACUGGAGACCUGAAGGAGCUCAGGAACCCAGCGAGGGAUCCACAGUUCAGAGAAGCUCAGGUCGACUCAAUGAGAUCUCAGAAGGACCAGGAGCUGGAACAGUACAAGAGAAAUUCCUCAAAGUCAUGGAAAGGAAUGGACUUGGAGGCUGAGCCCAGGGGUCAGAGGUCAUGAGGUUUGAGGGCUGAUGGGAAUUUGUAUGUGACAAGGCAAUGGGUGAAUCUCAAUACCAAGAAUGCCAAGAUCGUACAUGUGGUCUUGGCAAGACCGGUCUUGCUACCUUGCCUUCCAAGAACAAUCUUGCAAGAACACGAGGACAAAGGCCACACCAACAGUGAAUUGAGACUCCACUAUGCUGUACGCCCAGCUGAUUACCCCAGACGUAAAUUUCUUAAUUUUUAUCCUAAUAUAUAAUUAAUGACACAUAAUCGAAAUAUCCAAUAUAAACGACUAUUCCAGGUAUGAUUAUGCUUUUUUUCCUCACAAAUAAAGUUUACACUUAAAGUA